UCCCGCCGCUCCCGACGGUCUCGUCGCAGCCGCCGCCGCCGCCGCCCAGUGCUGGCGCGCUGGCCUCCGCCUCAGCUGGACAGGGGCUGAGCGUGGGGGCGGCCGCGCCACUCGGCGCAGCUGCAGCUGCCGCUGCGGGCCCGGCGCAGGCUCCAGGCACGGCCUCUCCCCAGCCCUCCGCGCCGCAGCUGGACCUGCAGGCCGAGCUGCGGCGCGCUCUUGCCUCGAGCGUCUGCCUGGGCAAGGCGUACGCGUCCACAGGCGCCAUCGUCGUGCGGAAGACUGCGGACCCCGCGAGCAGCCAGGUGGAAUCGCUGCCUGCAGGCACCCUGCUGGAGGUGACCAGGCGCAGCGUGGACCCCUCCUCGCACAGUGCCCUGGUCAGCUGGCGCCUUGCGGCAAGGGGCACCCGACGGCGACUGGGUGCGGGACGGGGGCUGGAUCGGCCUGCUCGCCCCUGGCGGCGGCGAGCUGCUGCUGCAGCCCGCGUUCUCCUCCGCGGACCUGGAGCAGGCGAGGAGCGAGGCCGUGCGCGAGGCCGCGCGCGAGGCGCAGCGGCUCCGCGACGUGCAGGAAGAGAGGCAUCGGCAGGCCCUGCGGGAGGCCCACGAGGAGGCGCGGCUGGCCGCCGCGGCCGGGGACUCGGCAGGAGAGCCACCAGCGGGUUCUGCGGGAGGCCCAGCAGCUCCGCGAGGAGGCGCGGCUGGCCGCGGACGCCGCGCAGGAGGCCGUGGGCACCGCGCGCGGGCGCGCCGCGCAGGCGGACGGGCUGCGGCAGGAGCUCGAGGCCAGCCUGGCCGAGGCCGAGCGGGAGCGGGCGCGCGCCCGCGCUGAGCUGCACGAGGCCGCGGCGGAGUCGCGCCAGGCGCGCCGCGCCGCCGAGGAGGCGCUCGGCGCCUGCCAGGCGGCGUCGGAGGCCGCGGCGGAGGGCCGCGCCUCCGCGAGGCGCGCGGCUCAGCGGGCGGCGGAGGACGAUGGUGGCCGCGGAAUCUGCGCUGGCAAGACUCCCGCGGGCGCCACCCGCCAGCCCGCCGCCGUCGACGGGACCGCUCGCGGUGGACGAGCGGUACAGGCAGGGGUGGCACGAGGAGGCGCGCGCGUGCCAAGAGUUGCGCGCCGAGCGCGAGCGGCUGCGCCGAGAGCUGCGCGACUUGAGCCGGCUGUCGCGGUGGGCGCCCUGCCUGCGGCCGCCCAGCGGCUGAACAAGCGCGCGCGCGCGCGCUAG